AUGAGCUUACUUACAACUACUCCUACUCAUAGUUCUGUUUCAUCUCGACUUUUGCGGCUUAGCCUCUUUCUACUACUUAGCCUUCCUGACUCAACAGGAAAAGCCAUCUGGACUGCCCACCUGAAUAUAACAUUUCAGGUAGGAAAUCGGAUUAUAUCCAAAUUAGGAGAGAGUGGAGUGUUUGGGAAUCACUCGCCUCUGGAAAGGGUAUCCGGUGCGGUGGCACUUCCUGAUACAUGGAAUCAGAAUGCUUGUAAUCCUAUGACUAAUUUCAGCAGGCCUGAGCAGGCAGAGACGUGGCUGGCCCUCAUUGAACGGGGAGGCUGUACCUUUACACAUAAAAUCAACGUGGCAGCUGAGAAGGGAGCAAAUGGGGUGAUCAUCUAUAACUAUCCAGGUACGGGCAACAAAGUAUUUCCCAUGUCUCACCAGGGAACGGAUAACAUAGUCGCCGUGAUGAUAGGCAACUUGAAAGGCUUGGAACUGUUGCACUUGAUUCAGAAAGGAGUGUCUGUGACGAUCAUAAUUGAAGUGGGGAGAAUGCACAUGCCUUGGCUGAGCCACUGUGUCAUGUCUCUGAUUACCUUCCUGGCUGCCAGCAUUGCCUACCUCUUCCUGUACUGUGCCUGGAGACCUAGAGUGCCCAACUCCUCCACCAGGCGGCGAAGACAGAUCAAGGCAGAUGUGAAGAAAGCGAUUGCUGAGCUUCAACUCCGAGUGCUCAAAGAAGGCGAUAAGGAACUAGAUCCCAAUGAAGAGAGUUGUGUUAUUUGCUUUGACAUCUACAAACCCAAAGAUGUUGUGCGUAUUUUAAAUUGCAAACAUUUCUUCCAUGAGGCAUGUAUUGACCCCUGGCUUUUAGCCCAUAGGACAUGCCCCAUGUGCAAGUGUGACAUUCUGAAGGCUUAA